AUGGCUGCUAAGUCGGACGGGAUGCUGAAGAUGAAGAAGGGCGACGUUGCGUUCACCCCGCUGCAGGACUCGGAGCACUCGGGCUCGGUGCAGGGGCUGGCGGGCGGCUCUCAGCCCGGUGCGGGCGGCUCGCGGUGCUGCUGCAGUGGGGGUGAGCCGGGCACCCAGCCCUGGCCCCAGCCCCGGCCCCGGCGGUGCUCGCGGUACUCGGUGUGGGACUGCUUGUGGAUCGUGGCGGCGGCCGCCGUGUACCUGGCCGAUGUGGGCAGCGAUGUGUGGCUGUCGGUGGAUUACUACGUGCGGGGCCAGCGCUGGUGGUUCGGGCUCACCCUGUUCUUCGCGGUGCUGGGCUCGCUCUCCGUGCAGCUGUUCAGCUUCAGGUGGUUCGUGCACGAUUUCAGCACCGAGAGCAGCGCCCCGGGCUCCGCGCCGCCGGGGGAGGGCAAGCCGGGCUCCGCGGUGGUGGUGGUGGUGGCCGGGGGGGAGGGGAGGGCGAGCACCCCGCAGAGACAGGCUUCCACGGCCAGCAGCGGCAAGACCAAUGCCACCAGUGCCACCAAUGCCACGGCCACCACCCCCGGCAACGGCAGGGCGAGCGCCCCCAGGACCGCCUCCUGCUCCUUCUGCAUCUGGACCAUGCAGUCACUCAUCCACAUCCUGCAGCUCGGACAGAUAUGGAGGUAA